GCAUUUUACAAUACUAGAAUAAACUUCCGGCAAUUUCUAAAAAACAAAAAAGUCAAGUUGGUCAGCAUUAGUGUGUUCAUUUAUCCUUUAUGAAGAACAUAUUAUUUAGUUUUAUCGACAGAUAUGAACUAAUGGUGGUGAAAUAGUGCAGUCAUGGAGAAUAACAAUGGUUUGGUAUUGGUAGAGUCACAGCAGAGUAGGAGCUCAAGUCUUAUUGACUCAAAUAUUUCACAGACCAGUGAGCAAGGAGAUGGUGUCACAGCAAAUAAUAAUCUAUUUAUAGACAAAGACAGGGCCCAUAACUUUCUUAGAGGAUUUUCAAAACUAUACCGUAACAAAGAAUUUGUUGAUGUUGUGCUUUCAGUGGAUGGGAAAGAUUUUCCCUGCCAUAAAAAUGUCUUGGCAAUAUCCAGUCCUUUUUUCAUGGCAAUGUUUUCAACAGAUAUGGCUGAAAGCCACCAAGAUAAGAUUGCAUUACAUGAGAUUGACUCCUUAACAAUGGAGUUAGUGUUAGAUUAUAUAUAUACAGGACAAGUGAGUUUAUCAGAAGAUACCGUACAACAUUUAUUGUCUGCGUCUAACCGAUUCCAGUUGUUAUCGUUACGGACAGGAUGUGCUGAGUUCAUGAUGAAUCAUAUAACUGUCGUUAAUUGUAUUGGUGUGUAUUUCUUUGCCAAAGCACAUGAGUGCGAGAUCUUAGCUUUAAAAGCAAAAGAGAUUAUUAAUAAUCAGUUUUCAGUAUUAUGUAAACAGCAAGAAUUUUUAUCUCUGCCUGCCGAUAAACUUGUGGAGAUUGUCAGUGAUGAUGACAUUAAUGUUACGGUAGAAGAGACAGUGUUUGAGGCAUGCUUAGAAUGGGUAAUGACAGAAAAGGAUAAAAGACAAAAUCAUUUAAUGGAGAUCAUGAAUUGUGUAAGGUUUGCAAACAUUACUUCAUACUAUUUCUGUGAUAAAAUUGAUCCAAACACUUUACUGAGGAGUUGUGAAUCAUUACGGAAGACAUUAGAUAUUGUCCGAUAUUACCACAUGUUAAGAAAUAGACAACAGGAAAUGGAUCUGAACUUAAUGCCAAGACAAGGCAUGUUAUAUGAGAGGGGAGUAAUGAUCAUAGCUAAUCCUUACACUGAAGAUUCACUCAAGAAAUUCAAUAGUAUGGAAUUACUACUGCCUAAGACGGGAGAAGUCAUUUCUAUAUGUAAACUUCCACAAAGUUUGUAUACCCCAGGUUGUGCAAUAACAGGAGAAAAUCAGGUUUAUUUAGCUGGAGGUGCCAUACGGAAGAUUAACUACAGAGGUUCUAUCACAACAGAGGGGGUGUCCAACAACUUCUAUAUGUUUGAUCAGCUAGAAUGUUCCUGGCAGACUAAAGCUAAGAUGAAUAUGUGUAGGUCACAGUUCUCACUCACAGUGGUUGAUGGGUACAUGUUUGCUAUUGGAGGUCAGGAUGGGACUGAAAUACUUAGCAGUGUUGAACGAUAUGACCCCCACUCCAAUGCCUGGAUGUUGGUGGCCCCUCUACCAAAGGCCCUUAGAUUUAUGACAGCUUUGAGUUACAGGGGAAGGUUGUAUGUUUUUGGAGGAGAGGCAUCCACAGAUGUCAGUAACUCAGUGUAUAGGUAUGAUCCAACAGAAGAUACGUGGACAGAGUUACCUCCCAUGAAUAUAGCCCGAGUUUUAGCCGGAAGUGUUGUGUAUAAAGACAAGAUCUAUGUUAUAGGUGGAAAUUCAGCAUUAAGUGAGAAAUGGAAGAGAGAGUUUUUACCAGAACACUGUGUUAGCUCUGUAGAGAUAUUUGAUCCAGAGAGUCAGACAUGGAGCCCAGGACCAGAACUUCCAAAUGCUUUAUGUGGAGCUGGAAUUGUGAAAUAUGGAAACACCAUAUUGAUUGUCGGUGGAGAAGAUGAUAAAAGUUGGAUGGCAGGACUUUGUUGGUUAAAAGAAGAGAAAGGGCGACAGACUUGGGCUGAAGGACAAGAAUUACCUACAGUCAUGAGUACAUUUGGUUGUGUUGUAGCUAACAUACAUCAUGAAGCACCAAAGAAUCAGUGAUCUUGUUGACUUCUAUAGGUCUUCUUCUAUAGGUCUUGUUAACUUUUAUAGGUCUUUUUGAAGAUGAACAGAAGAUUUCUCUGACAGCCUUUUUAGGAUUUAUUUUAUUUUUCGACCUUAUAGUGUAGUCCAUAUAGAAAUCAUGAUGACAAUAUUUGACCCAGAUGUAUGAAACCAAGUUUCUAUCUUGAAAUGGUAAAAUAUCCAAUUUCAUGUAACUAAUUUAUGCAUUAAGCAAUUUCUUAUUAAUUUGUAUCUUUUAUACACGUACACCCCACCAAGUCUGGUUGGCAAUAAACAUGUUUUCAAUAAGGACUGCACUCUGGUGUUCCACAGCCCAACAACUCUUUAAAAAGACUGUCAGGAGGCAAAGCAAAUCAGAAAUCAGAUUAGUUGUAGAUUUAUAGAUUAUCGUUGAUUAUCUCAACAGAUUGAUUUUCUCACUUGAGCUGGUACAGCGAAAGUGAGAAAAGCAAUCGAGUUGAGAUGACCAAUGAUAAUCUGUUUAUCGCUAUUUUACCUAUGAUGAUGUUGUCAAUUUCAAUGUCAAUUUCGUUAGCAACGCCACGUGGCCUCCUUAGUUUCUAGCGAUAAUUUUUCUAUCUCAAGCGAGAAGCAUGAUAUGAAAAUUAUCACAAAUAAGAUCAAAGGAAAAAUGCACAAAAUAGCGACAAUAUAAACAUCAUGAUGUUUUAAAUGAUCAUUACUGCCAUAUUUAAACUGUUGUUUUAGAAGCUACAAAAAAUUUGAGUAUUUUAGGAGUUUCCCAGUUUAUUUUUGUGAGAUGUCAAAUUUUAAUUGAUUUUCAUUCAGUUUGUUAAAGUAUUUAUUACCAUGAGCACUCAUUUUAAAGCUGCUCCUGUUUUUGACUUUUUUGGAAAUAUUUUGGAUUCAUUUGAUUUAUCUAUGUAGUGCCAUUAAAUAUUUUACCAUCUAACUCCUACUUUUCUUAUCAUAAUUUAAAUAGAUAUAGUUUAAAAAGCUUUUUUUAUGUUAUAAAAUUCUCGUUAUUUUUCAUAGUUUUUGAAAGAAAAUGGUACAAAUGUUUAGUGUAUAAAAAUCAAGAGUGAUUCAUUUCGAGACAAAUUUUCAAUGGCUUUCAUCUCAAAGACAAGGAUUUUUUUUGCCUUCUUAAGUUCUGUUAUUUAUAUACUAUCAAUUUAUAUAGCUUGAUAUUUUGAAACAGAGUAGCAUACAUCCUUAAUUAACAUAUGUUUGGAAACUUAUUCUACUCUUCCUUUUUUACAUAAUAAUGUCUUGUGAUUGUAAAUCCUGUAAGUUGUUUAUUUAAUUAAAUUUUAUAUUGAUGAAAGGAAGCUUUGAAAAAGAUAUGAAAAUAUAUGAUGUUUAAAUAUGUGGACAGAGAGAAAAGCUACAAUACAGUUAUAUUAUCAGGGAAGAUGGGAUAUGGUAUGUCAUAUCUUAAAAAUGUUUUGAAAGAGUCUAGUUUAGUAAUAAAAAAACAUAUUUUUAAAGUUAAUUCUUCUCAUGUGCCCUAUGAACACUAAAAUAAUGUUUGCUAAAAAUAGUAAAUUCUUUUUUUAGAAUCACCCAUAGAAGCAAUGAUACAGUUUUAUUAAUAGAGCAUAUAUUGUGUUAUAGAGAUAGAAAUGUGCAACGUUGUUUGAAUGUGUUUUAAAUUUGUUGAUAUACAGAAAGUAUUGGUAAUUAAAAGAAACAAAUGGUCUAAUUACUGCAAUCACUGCAUUAGUUUUUAAUAAGUAUUUUUUCAAUAGUAUUCUGAAAUCUGUUUAUAUUGACAUUUUCAUACUGUUUGUAUAUCUAUUUUACCUGCAUUUAUGGUGACCACAAUUGUGUAGGUUCACCUUAUUAUGGUGAAGUCAUUUUUAUAUUGUUAUUUGAAAGCAUUUUGUUUACAACUGUAUGUAUGAGCUGCUAUCAAAAUGAACACUGUGAUUUAAAUUAUAGAUUGUUUUUGUAUAGAAAUUAAAAGUAUUAAAU